AUGUGUCAGGUUGACUAUAGACAGAGGAAGACCUGGGUAGUCAAAUACAGGCUCUGCCUCCGGACUAGUGUGCUCAGGUUCUGUUUACUUCUCAGGAGAAGUAUUGGCUCCAGAAGACGUCAGGAUUUGCACAAUCUUGAUAUGCGGGUCAUGUACAACAUCGCAGCUUAUCUCAGAGGAUGUUUGGGCCUAGCCUUGCUGUUUCUCUAUCUUGGUCCAGUGCAGGGUCAGUUGCACUCCACUGGGGUCAAUUUCGAUCAAGAUGCCAUGGACAAUCGCUUCGUAGUAUACACCUCUAGGGUCGUACUACAGGACAAGACAGCGACACUAUAUCCCACCGGUGGUCAUCUGCUGGCAUUAGCAAACCAAGCUUACGACGACAUGAUCAAGAGUUGCAGGAUCAACAAUUUGAAAAAGGACUGUCCUGGAGCCAUCACUGUAUUCGCCUAUGAGAAGGAAAUCCACUUCGGUAGCUCCGUCAAAGACUUCCGGGGUAUAGAAAAGACUACUGACCCUCAACCAUUUUACCAUGCUUUCAUCUACGACAAGAAUGUGCAAGGUUUCGACAGAUCUCGGCGAGGCACAGUAGCUCGUGUCCGGCAGGCUAUGAUACAGUGUCAAACGCAGCAAAGUCAGACUGUCAUAGACUAUAAACAGCACGGUCGCAAAGCGAGAUGCGGCGAGUUUAAUGCAGUCCUCACAUAUCUCCUCACCAGAGAUGACCCAGAAAGCGUUGACUUUGGCGGCGAUCCAGGCAAUCCCGCGAGGAUCUUGACGGUUGGAAGGCUUGGAGACGAUCUGGAUGUGGCGCAGAAAUUUUUCGCGCCUUGUUCCAGACAACAGACAGGACCAUCGACAUAUGGAUGCAAGAAUUGGGUCAAUCGCCUAGGCAUCCAACACCCAACCCCAGGAAGUCCAAUUAGCAUCCCUGAUCCAGGUUCACAAGUGCAAAAUAUCAAAUUGUGCGAGCUGAGCAUAGAUGAGAGUAUGAGAGUCGCCGGCAAUGGAGGCGGGCUUGACGCGGACAGCCAAAGUUCUUCGGAAUUCGGAAACGGGAUCGAAGAUGACGAUCUGAUGGAUGUGGGUAUGGACAAUCCCGGCUCUUCAGAAUUCGGAGAUGGGAUCGAUGAUGAUGAUCUGAUGAACGUGGAUAACGACAAUUCUUCUGAUUUUGGAGGCGGGAUAGAUGAUGAUGAUCUGAUGAACAUGGAUCCCACCAAGAGAGGACUGAUAUAG